AUGUUUUUUCAGUAUGCUGAUGUUACAACUCAUGUUCUAAAUGCAAUCAGUGAAUUAUCAGUGAUUGGCGGAGCUGAACUCGUCAAAAACAUCAAUCCCCUAUUCUCCAAACUCACACAAAUGAUCAAUGAUUCUGGAAAUCUACACAGACGUGAAGCAGCUCUUCGAGCAAUCGGUGGAAUUUGUCGAUCAACUGCCUAUGUUGUUGAUCCAUAUAAAGAUUUUCCAACAUUAUUGGAUGAUUUGCUGAAAUUAUUGAAAACUGUAAUGUCGUCAUCAAUUCGACGAGAAUGUAUCAAGACAUUGGGAAUCUUGGGAGCAAUUGAUCCCUAUACACAUAAGGUGUUCACUGGUUCAGUGCAAUCUGCGUAUGCGAUAAGUACGGCAUUGGCGUUGCCGAUUUCGUUGAGUGAUGCGUCGGAUCCAAGACAGGGUUUGUUGAGCGGGGAAGGGGAGAUUUUUGACUAAAAACUGUUUUAUUCUGGAUUCUCGGUUGAAUUUCAGUAGUGAUUCACGUUGAAAACAAAUGAUUUUUCAAAAAUUGUCACAUUUUAAGCUGAAAUUUUUAAUUUAAAAUCUAAAAAUUUUCCUAACCCUCAAAAUCCAAAAAAAACUAUGUAUUUUUCAGACAUUAUCCAAUGGGUAAACUACGAAAAAUGCACAUUGGACGAAUUCUAUCCGGCUAUAACAAUUGCCAAUUUGAUGAUGAUGAUGCAAAACGAAGAUAGUCAAAGUUAUCCGGAAAUUGCGCAGGCAAUUGUCACCAUUUUCAGAUCUUUGGGAGAUGCCGCACCACAAUAUGUUGAACAGGUUAGAUAUGUGUUUUUUGAGUAUUGAAGAAUGGUAGAGCCAAUAUAAAACUAGAGAAUAAUUUAUGUACAAAUUUUGAAACAGUACAUUUUUGGGAAAAUUUUUAGAAUUUUUUUGCAAGUUCGUUUGAAGAUAAAAAUCAAGAUUUCAAAUUGAAAUAUAUUAAAAAUUAAUUAAAUAUUCAAAUUAGGCCUUUGGAUAUUUACGGGCCUUGAUUGGACCAGCUACAAAAAUUGAAAAUGAUAAAUUUGGAGCAAAAUUUCGAAGGAAUAGACAACAGUUUAUGUAGCCAAAUUAAGACUAGAAAAUAGUUUUUGUCAAAAUUUUGAAACAGUGAAUUUUUCGGAAAUGUUUCAAUAAAAAUCAAAUUUUCAUCGCAGCAAAAAAUCCAAAAUUCAAAAAUAAUCUUCCCAAUUUCCAGGUUGUUCCUCGACUCAUCGAAGUUUGUCGAACAAUCAACAGCCGCACAAAUCAAGCAUUUCUUCGUGAUUUCUUCCUCCGCCAACUAUCGAAAUUCGUCGAAAUCAUCAAACAACACGCCCUCCCAUACAUGCCGGAUAUUUUUUCGAUAAUUGCGGAUGCGUGGAAAGAAGAUGUGGCGGUGAAAAUGUGUGUUGUGUCGGUUUUAGAAGAAAUGGGAACUGCGUUGGGAGCUGUAAGUUUUUUUUGAAGGGAAAAAAUGAUGGACAAACCGGUUUCAAGAAAAUCCCAAAACAUUACUGUUUCAAAAAUUUUAUAGAAAAUUAAUUUUCGGAAUUUUUUGUUGAAAAAAUACUACUGCUUUACCUGCAAAAAUAAAAAUUUUAAUUUCUAAGAAGAGGUCAAAAUCUACUGUUUCAAAAUUAUUGUAUAUUUGCCAGACUUUUAUCUCAUAUGUUCGCUUAAUGGCAAAUCCCACUAAAUGAAUUAGCAAGUUGGAAUUUCCACGUCAUAGAUUGCUGUAUUAUUAAAAACAUCACAGUGAAAAUAUUUAAAUAUAAAUUUUUUUGGAAGAAAACCUACAGCACACAUUGAAAAUUUGAUAACUCGUGAAAAAAGUAUGAUUUUUUGAAACAGUGUUUUUUUUUUCAAAAAUGAUGACACGGUUUUUUUCACACUGAAGAGUUAUUGGUGCCAAAAACACUGAGCAUUUUUUAAAGUAUGCAAUAUUUUUAACAACAAAAAGUCUACUGUUUCAAAAAUUCCAUUUUAGUUUUUUUUUAAAAUUUUUUCGAUAUUCGGUUGACCAAAAAUUUCCAUUUCUGAAUUUUUAAAUAACAUUUUUAAUGGAGAAAAACUCAAAUAUUUCUGAUUCUAACAAAGAAUGAUGAAAUUUUAUAAGUUUUCCAUUCACUUGUUUUUUUGUGCAAAAUUGAAAAAAUCUACUGUUUCGAAAUUUUUAUAAAGUUUUUUUUCACAGUUGAUUUUAUUUCUGAACUAAUUUUAUAUACUUUGACAAUGAAAAUAUUAAUGGUUUGAAACAGUGGAGAAAAUAUGAUUUUCUCAAAAACGCCUCUAUAGAAAGUAUUAAAAAUGGGAUUUAAAAAAUUAAUAACUCUAAAAAAAUCUACUGUUUCAAAAGUUUCAUAAUAUUUUGGUCCCAUUAAUUUGAAACAAUCAGAAAGCUCUCUGACCAACACUUGAAUAAAUCCAAUAUUUUUUCAGGAUUUCUCUGCAUAUACCGGUGAACUAAUUCCAUAUCUUCUCAAUGUUUUACACACUGACAAAACCAAAGAGCGAUAUUUAACAAUAAAAGUAUUGGAAGUAAUGCGUCCACUUUGUUCUUGUCUCGUUCAACAUCUUCAUUUGGUUCUUCCUCCAGUUUUAAUCAUUUUGGAUGAUGUUUCAAUUGCUCUCAAAGUUCGAAUCACUGCAUUAGAAACUAUUUUGCAUAUGGCUAAAAACGUGGAUAUCUCAGCUUAUGCUCCAAGAAUGAUGCAAUCUUGGCAUCAUUGUAUUGGAACUUUUGAGCUAAGGGAAAAGCUGCUGCUUUUAUUGAUUGAAAUUAUUAAAAAACUUGGAAAACAUUUUGAUGUAUUUGCGAGAAGUGUUGAGAUCAAACUACGAGAACAUGGAUUGGAUCGAAGUGAUAAUUUUGAUCAUUAUAAGAAGUUAUCACAAAGAGCACAAAUGUCAAGAGAUAUCAUAACUACAUCGCUUUUUGGAGCUCAAAAUCAGAAUGGAGGUCAAAAUGGAAAUGGAGUUGGUUUUGGAGGCGGUGCAAUAUUCUUGGGAAAUGUUGGAUUGCAUGAAAGAUUGAUGAAUGGAUCAUUGGAAUCAGCUGGAAGUGGAACUGAAGUCAAGGAGGAUUAUUAUACCGAUGAACAUCCAGUUGGUGAUUCAAGAGUUCCGACGGCGGCUAGAAGUACUAUGGAUAUUCCGGAUGUUGUUAUUACGAAACAAAGAGUUAAUCAUGAGGUGAGAAGGUUUUUUGGGAGAAAUUGUGAGCUUAAAAAAAGAGUAUUUAGGAAUUUCAAACCAAAAGUUAGCUAACUUUUGGUAAAUUUCAGAAAGUUUGAAAAAUAUCGAAAAUUCCCUGAAGUUCAGGUAUUUUUUUUAAUCCUACCAAAAUUCUAGAAUUUUUAAUAGAUGAUCUGAAAAUGUUGCUUUUUUUCACCGAUUCUUUGACUUGAAGACUGGAUUUUGCUCCAAAAACUUAUAAAUUUAAGAAAAAAUUGGCUGAAUUUUGAGAUUCCGAGUUUUGAAGAAUUUUUACACUAAAUUUUCAAUCAAUUUCCCGGAAAUCGGAAAAAUUCAAAUUUUUUUUUAAAUUUAAAUUUUUCUCACGUGACCUUUUUCUUAUUUCCAACCUGGAAAUGUUUUUUUUCGAUUCAUUUUCGAAAAAUUGGAAAAUGUGAGAAACUUGAAGUGAGUUUAAAAUUUCUCGUGCCGAAAUCUGAGGCUCUAUAAUUUCAACUGAAAAAAUCGAAUGAAAAAUCAGAUUUUGGGUUUGAUCUCUGAAUCAUUGAAUUUUUUCUAGAGGCUAUUUUAGAGUCUAAUUUUCUUAGGAAUUUCUACUAACUUGGGACAUUCUUAAACUUUUAAAAUGUUUGCAGAUGUUCAAUGCUGCUUGGAGAAAUGAGAAUCUAACAUCAAAAGACGAAUGGAUGCAAUGGUUAUACAAACUUCGAAUAGCUUUUCUAAAAUGUGGAAGUUCUCCAUCUCUUCGUGCUGCUUCAAGUCUCGCCGAUCAAUAUCCACAUUUAGCUCGCGAUCUUUUCCCCGCUGUUUUUAUGUCAAUUUGGACUGAAGUUGGAUCAAAAGGCCAAGAUGAUUUAGCACUUGCAAUGAGAAGAGCAUUAGAUACCGGAUAUUCAGAUGUUAUUCAAACAGUUUUGAAUUUGGCUGAAUUUAUGGAUCAUUCAGAAAAAGGACCACUUCCAAUUGAUUAUAAUAUUUUGGGAAAAUGCGCGGAAAAAACUAAGGCUUACGCAAAAGCAUGUAGAUAUAAAGAGAAUGAGAUAAUUAAUCGAUGGGAUUUGGUGAAAGAGGAAUUUGCGGCCGAGAAAAAGAAACGAGUAGAAAAAGGAUUGGAAAGACCGGCGAAUUUGCCGAAAAUUGAGGAUGUUAAUGUGUUGAGACCUGAUGAUUGUCAAGCACUUAUCACAUUUGCCAAUAAAUUGAAUGUUCAAGAAGAAGCGGCUGGUGUUGUGAGAUAUGCCGAAAGUCAUAAUAUGAAUAUUAAUGUGAGCAUUUUUUUGAAGGGAUUCUGUUUUAAAUUCACUAAAAUCUUUCACUUGAAAUUUUUAAAAAAUUGGAAAUUUUCUAUGAUUUUCAAGGGAAAUUUUGAGAGAUUUGAAAUAUUUUUUACACCAAAAAAAAGUUAUCUGUUAGUUUGAAACAGUGAAAAAUUGUUUAUUCUCAAAAACAAACAGUAAUAUUCAAGGAAUGUUCGAGGAUAUUUUAUUAUUUUUUUGAAACAGUGAAUUUUCUGUUUUUUCUAAAAUAUAUUUUUUUUGAACUCAAAAUAUUAUUUAAAAAAAUUUACUGUUUCAUAAUUUUCUUAUUGAUUUUUAGUUUUUUUUUCUGAUAAUUUACUGAUUAUUCUGAUAAUUAGAAGUAAGUUUGAAAUUCUGGAAACAUGUUCUCGAUCUUCACGGAAUUUUAAAGUGUUCAUCGAAAAUCGAAAAAUAGGUUACUGUGUUUUUUAGUUUGAAAAAUCUCUUAAAUUGAAAAUUUUCUCUGCCAGAAUUUUCACUGUUUCAAAAUUUUAAUAUCAUAUAAGACAAUAGAAUAAUAUUCGAUAAAUCUUUGGGAAAACAAAAAUUCACAUUUUGAAAAUCAAAAAGACCUUAUUUCACCUUCAACAAAGCCUCCCUAUAAUUUCCAACCAUUUUAUUUGUUUUUUGCAGAUGCCUGGUCGUUGGUACGAAAAAUUGAAUGAAUGGGAAAAAGCUCUUCAUGCUUAUGAAGUUGACACAUCAAAUGAAGACACAACAAUGCAUGAAAUGAGAUGUUUGGAAGCAUUGGCAAAAUGGGAACAAUUGAAUGAAAAAGCGAAAUUGGCUAAGUUAGUUGGGGGAUUUUUGGGUUGGAAUUGGAUUUUAGAAGUUCCCUGGACCCCUCUGAUAUACCCCCAAAGAUGCCCUAAAAUCAAAACUUUUUUGCAGAGAAAACGCGGCUGGUCGACAAAUGGAGCACAAAGUUGCAGUGAUUGCUGCUCGCGGAGCUUGGGCUGUCGAUGAUUGGCCAAGUAUGGCUGGAUAUGUUUCGCAUAUCUCGGAAAAUACACAAGAUGGGGCCAUGUUGAGAGCUAUUGUGGCGGUUCAUAAGUGAGUUUUUUUAUUUGUAUUGAAACCGCUCGACGAACUGAAAAGUAGGGGAAUAUUUUGAGAAUAUGGGAAUUUUGAAACAGUGAAAUAAUUUUGACGAGACAAAAAUUUUCAAUAUUUUAUUAUAUUAAUAUAUUAAAAAUUUAUUGGAAAGCUAUGUGAUAAUUUUGAAACAGUUGAAAUUUAGAAUUUUCACCAAAAUUUUUAAGUACUGAAUUAUUUUAAAAUUUGACGAUAGGAAAGUCUUAUCAAAUUUGAAAAUUCAGUGAAAAUUUAAGUGAUAAUUUUGAAACAGUAGAUUUUUUUGUCGAAAGAAAAUUCAACUCGAAUCAAUACCUUCGAAAAUAUUUUUUUUAUUAUGAACAUUUUGAAACAGUAGAAAAAUUUUAAUUUGAAAAUUAUUGAAUUUUAACCCAAAUUUUCAAUUGUUUAAUUAUUGGCCCAUCAAAUUUAAAAAUUCAGUGAAAAUUUAUGAGAUAAUUUUGAAACAGUAUAUUUUUUUGUCGAAAAAAAAUAACUCCAGAAAAAUUCACCUUCAAAAAAUACCUUUAAAAAUAUUUUUUUUUAUUAUGAAAAUUUUGAAACAGUGAGAAAAUUUUAGUUUGAACAUUAUUGAAUUUUUUUUCAGAAAUUUUUACCGAAGUUUUGAAUUCUUGAAAUAUUGGAAAUUUAGGAGAGGGAGGAAAACAAGUAUAUCAAUUUCAAAAAUUCAGUUAAAAUUGAGAUGAUAAUUUUAAAACAGUAGAUUUUUUUUAAUUUGAAAAUCAAAAUUUUCAAUGAAAUUGUUUUUGGUUAAAAAAAUAAUUUUUCACUGUUUCAAAAUUUUUAAAUUAAUUUUAUCCAAGUAAUUUUUCCGAUUUUACCAUUGGCAUAAACUCUAAAAAUAAAAGAAAAUUUCAGCAAUGAAUUCCCGAAAGCGAUGGGAUUAAUUGAAAAGGUUCGAGAUAUGUUUGACAGCGAAUUGACGGCAAUGGCAAGUGAAAGUUAUGAAAGAGCUUAUACGCCAAUGGUUUUUGUGCAACAAAUGGCUGAAUUAGAGGAGGCUAUUGAAUUUAAGGUAAGUUGCAUUGGAAUAUACGGGGAAAGGGGAUUCAAAUGAGUCUAAAUUUGAUAAGAAUAUCAUUGAGGGUUACUUUAAGGGGUUAAGGUGAUUUUAAUGUCGUUAGAAAUUUAAACUCUUUAGGAACAAUCUUAAGGGUUUUAAAGUGUUUGGGAACAUCCUUAAAAAAUGUUACUUCUUGAAAAAAACAUAAAUAUUAUUUAGUUUCGCCUUAAAAACUUCCACCUUACAACAUAUCUUUAAAUUUUAAUUCCAGCUCCGCCCUGAACGUCGCCCAAGAAUUGCGCUUCUUUGGAGUCGACGCCUCCAAGGAUGUCGACAAAAUGUGGAACAAUGGCAAAGAUUGCUCAUGUUAAGAUCACUUGUUCUAACUCCACAAGAAAUGCAUCCACUUCGUGUCAAAUUCGCGUCGCUUUGUCGAAAACAAGGAAAAACUGCGAUGUCGCGAGAAGUUCUUCGAGAAUUGUUGAAUCUUGCACCUGGAACAAGUCUUCUUGAAGCCAAAGUUCCUCAAGAAAAACCUCAAUUAGUUUUGGCACUUUGUAAACAAUUAUGGCAAGAUGAACAUCGAGAAGAAGCAUUAAGAACUUUGGAACAUUUGGCGAAACAAUUCCAAAAAAUUCAUCGAAAUAUUGAAGAACAAGAGAAAUUGUAUUUGCAUAGUCAAGAAGCGGCGAGAAUUUGUGCGAAAGUAUUCUUGAAACUUGGCGAAUGGAAUGAGAUUCAUUAUAAAAAUCGGCCACCGCAUGAAAUAUCGGGAAUAUUGAUUCAAAAUACAAUGCAUCGAAAUAAUGAUGCGCAAAAAACGAUUAAUUAUUAUCGAACUGCAACACAAUAUGAUCCAAAAUGGCAUAAAGCUUGGCAUAAAUUGGCAUCCUCAUAUUUUUAUGCGACAAUGAAAGAUGCGCCAAGACAAUCGCAAAUUCGAAGAUUGGGUCCACCAAUGGGUCCACCACCUCCACCAAAUCUCCCGUUGGGUGGAUUUGGUGCCAUGAAUUAUCCAUUCAAUCCGAUUCCACAACCUGAUUUCCCGCAUCCUGCCCCACUUGGAAGUCUUGCCGGAAUUCCAACUAUGCCAUCACAGACUUCACCAAUUAUGCAACAUGUUAGUGGAUUCAGUGGCCCAUUGACAAAUACGAAUAUUGAAAAUGCGAUGAGCGCGAUUUUCUGCUUUUCCAAAGCGCUUUUCUUUGCUCCUGGUUCGAGAUUAGAAGAUACACUUCGAUUGCUUCAACUUUGGUUCGAUUAUGGACAUCAGGAAGAGGUUUAUGGGAAAUUGGUGGAAAAUGUGACGGAUUUGCCGAUUACAACGUGGUUGGAAGUUGUGCCGCAAUUAAUGGCCAGAUUGGAUUCCAGUGAUAAGGAGAAACCAACACAAUUGAUUAUUAAAGGUGGGUUUUGGCUAAAAAAAAUUUCACAGUUUCAAACUUUUAUAUAUUUUAAUAAUUGGGGAUUUGAUAUUCACAAUAUCCGUUUUCGAUGAAAAUCAAUGAAUUUUGAAAAAAAAAACAUUUUUGGAUCAGACUCCCGUAAAUUUAUAAAAUUGGAAAAUUUUUUAGAAACAAUUGUUUUGAUUCCAAAUAUUUUUUUCACUGUUUCAAGAUUUUUAUUACGUUGUUGUUGAUUUUGAAUUAAUUGAUUCAUCCAGUGAGUAAUCCGAAAUCUUAAAAAAUCUCGUUUUUUUAUCCAAAAAACUAUCAAAAAUCCCGCCAAAUCUCGGGAAAAUAAAUUUUUGAUGUUGAAAUUUUUCACUGUUUCAAGAAUGGUUUAUAUGAAUUUCAAGAAUUUUUGAUUUUGAUCCAGCUGCUUUAAAACUUCCCAGAGUAACCCGAUCUUGAAAUAGAAAAUUCGCGUUUUUAUUCAAAAAACACUAUCAAAAAUCCCGCCAAAUCUCGGGAAAAUAAAUUUCUGAUGUUAAAAUUUUUCACUGUUUCAAAUAUUUUUUAAAUGAAUUUCGAUUGAUAAUUAUCCAAUGAAUAUGGAGGGAACGUUAAUUUUUUUUUGAAAAAUUAGCCAGAAAUUAUUCCGAAGUUUUCUACAGUUCCCCAGAUUUUCAAAAGAUUUAUUUGGUACUACAGGUUAUUUUCCGAUGAUUUUCUCUACUGUAAAUUCUGUGUAAUUCCAAAAAUUUUAUACAAUCAAAAAUUACUGUUUCAAAAAAUGUAUUUUCAUAGAAGCGUUUGUCUUGAAUUUGCUUUGUUAGUUGCAAUCAAAAUAUUUUUCCAAAAAAAUUUAUCCUGAAAAUGUUUACCUCAAAAUCUCAAAGCCAAACUCCUAGCUCUAUUCCAGUUCUCGUCGAAAUCUCCAAAUACAAACCACAAUCGCUUAUCUACGCAGUCUGCGUCGCCGCUCGAAGCACCGACGCAAAUCGCCAGAAAAACGCGCUCUCAAUUCUCGAAAAAAUGAGCGAUUAUCAUGCGGAACUGGUGAAAGAGGCGAAAAUGGUGACGGAAGAAUUGGUGAGAUGCGCUAUUUUGUGGCAUGAGAAAUGGCAUGAUGCAUUGGAUGAAGCGAGCAGAGUCUAUUUUCAUGUGAGUUUUUUUGGGGGAAGUUUUGAAGUUUGCUAACGAAAAAUAUUUUUUAGCGAUCUUUGCAAGAUAAUAAUGUUAAAUCAAUGUAUGAAGCUCUCAAAGAUCUCCCAAAAAAUGUUGUGCAAGGAACACCGAAAACAAUGAAAGAGCACAGUUUCAAUCAAACUUAUCAAUCAGAUCUUCUCGAAGCUCAAAGAUAUUGUCAUGCUUAUGAAUGUGAACACAAUAUCAAAGAUCUCAAUCAAGCCUGGGAAAUUUAUUGUCAAAUAUUCAAAAGACUUCGCGAUCAACUCGUUAAUCUCACCCUUUUGGAUCUCAAUUACGUGAGUCCGGAACUUGUUCGAGCUCGAGAUUUGCAAUUAGCUGUGCCUGGAACAUAUGAUCCGAGUAGUGAACCGGUUGGAAUCGCGUCUUUUUCGACGAAAAUGACAGUGAUUACGAGUAAACAAAGACCGCGGAAGAUGGUGAUUCGAGGAUCGAAUGGACUCGAAUAUCAGUUUUUGUUGAAAGGACAUGAAGAUCCGAGACAAGAUGAAAGAGUUAUGCAAUUAUUUGGAUUGGUCAAUACAUUAUUGGCCAAUAAUUCGGAGACUUGUAGAAGAAAUUUGACGAUUCAGGUGAGCAGUUUGGGGUGGGAUUUGAAAUCAGGAUUUUCUAUAUUGGUCCGGGCUCACUGAUUUGAAGUAUUCGGAAAACUAACCCCAGAUUUUUCAAGCCUAGAAGUUUAAGUGUAGAAGUCUAGAAGGCUGAGCCCUGAGCAUAAGCCUAGAAUAGAAGCCUAAGCCUAAAGCCUAGAAGUCUUAGCCGAGAAGCCUAAAUCUAAAAGCCUAUAUCCACAAUCCUAAGCCAUAACCUUAAGCCUAAGUCUAGAAGCCUAUUAGACUGAGCAUCAUGAAUUGGACCCACUAGAAUUUGGUUACUAGAGUUUUUUUUUUGGUUUUCUGUACCCUAUGAAAAAUUCACUGUUUCAAAAUUUGAUAGUAAAAUAUCUAGUGCCAAAAGCCACGAUGCCAUUAACUUAAUCCAAAUAAAAAUUAAAUUUUCAAUUUUUUGCUUUGGAAAAAUGUACUGUUUCAAUUUAUUUUAAUGAAUUUGACAUUCUUUUUCUCUCUAAUUCUGAUCUUUUGGUUGGUAGAGCCAUAGUUACAACUAAAAAUUAUGUCGAAAAUAUCAACCCGAUCCAAUUUUUGCAGAGAUAUGCAAUCAUCGCGCUCAGCAAAGAUUCUGGUCUAAUUGGUUGGGUUCCAAACUGUGAUACACUUCAUUCGUUGGUCAAAGAAUAUCGGGAGAAAAAGGCGAAACUCUCACUUUCUCUCGAACACAAAGCACUUCAAAAAAUGUCGGCUGAUACCGAACAUUUGACUGUUAUGCAAAAGCUGCAAUGUUUCGAAAGUGCAUUGGCGGCGACGAAAGGAGAUGAUUUGAGACAAAUAUUAUGGUUGAAGAGUCCAAGUUCGGAGGUGAGAUUUCGAACCAAAAUUCGGGAUUUUUGAUGGAAAACAACUCAGGACAAUGAUUUUUUUUGUUCAAUUAUCAACCUGAAAUUGAUUUUUCAGAGAUUCAAAUAUUUUGGUGUUUUCUAAAAAAAUAAGCCAACCCUUUUUCAUCUAAAAUGAGCAAUGCCUAUUCUUCUAGGUUUGGUUCGAUCGUCGCACAAACUAUACCCGUUCUGUUGCCUGCAUGUCAAUGGUUGGAUAUAUUUUGGGACUCGGUGAUCGACAUCCAUCGAAUUUGAUGUUGGAUCGAUUAACAGGAAAAAUUGUGCACAUUGAUUUUGGCGAUUGUUUUGAAGUGGCAAUGUUGAGAGAGAAAUUCCCCGAAAGAGUGCCUUUUAGAUUGACGAGAAUGUUGAUUAAUGUGAGUGACGGGUUUGGGAAAAUUGAAAAAUUCACUCAUGUUAUAUUUGAAAAAUCCUUAUUUUCCUAAUUAUAAAUUUAAUAUGAUCAAUGAUUUUGAAAGCUAAAAAAUCUGGAAAUUUUGUGAAUGCCUUGUUUACUGUGUUUAGGAAUCUUAUUUAGAAGCUACACAUUUUCAAAAAUUUACAAAAAUGCUCAUUAUUUGCAUUAGAGCGCAUUUUAUUUCCCCCCUCCCCAUAAAAAUGCACAAUCAUCUUUUUUUUCUACAGGCAAUGGAAAUCACUGGAUUGGAAGGUGUUUAUCGAUAUACAGCUGAAAGAGUGUUGAAAGUAUUGAGAACGAAUCAAGAAUCAUUGUUGGCUGUAUUGGAAGCGUUUGUUUAUGAUCCAGUUAUUAAUUGGAGACUUGUUGAAGGUAGGUGGAAUUUUUGAGUUCCUGAAACUGAAAUUCAUGAGAUCAGUUAUUUUUGACAUUUGGAAUUUGAAAUUCUGAAAAUUUUUAACUAUAGGCUUCAAGUCAGAUCCAGCUGAAUUUUUUGAAGUUUAACAGAUUUUCAGAAUCACUAAAUAUUCUGAAAACACACGAAAAACAAUGGAAAAUAUACGUUUCAAAUUUUGAAUUAAUAUUUGAAAAUAAUUCAGUUUUCCAAUUCUUUUUCUAAUUCAUACAUACAUUUUUCAAUUAUCCCAAUGUUUGUUGCAGGUAUGAAACGUGAUCCAAAAGUUCGAAAAGAUCCAUCUCGAAUGAAUACAAAUCAAGCGCCAUCAAGUAGUACAACUGAAGGAACAAUGGAUACAAUCAAACGAAAAUUAGCCGGAACCGAAUUUGUGAAUGUUCCACUUUCUGAAAAUCCCGAACCACUUCCUGUAACUCAACAACUCGAAAGACUUAUUGAACAAGCCACGUGUAAUAUGAAUCUAUGUCAAAGUUAUAUUGGAUGGUGUCCAUUUUGGUAGACAGCCAUGAACUUAGCCUAACUAUUCACUUAACAUUCCAAUUCCUUUCUUUUUUGUGCCAAUUUCUCUUUAUGCAAUAAGAUUUUUUGUAGGUUUAUAGAUAGUUUUUUGUUCCCCUUUUUCUUGUAUAUAAUUUAUAUUUUGAAUGAUUUUUUAGAAGUUUUGUUGAUUUUUUUUGGACUCUACUCGUUUUUUGCGAGAUUUUAUAUCUUUGGGGGAUUCAAGGGAUUUUUGAAAAAUUUCAGAGAAAUUCUGAAUUUUCAAAACAAAAAAGUAUAUUUUUGAGAAUUUUAAGCUGAAAAUUGGAUUUUCAAAAAUAUAUUUCUGAAAAAAAGUUUAUUCUGAAAUUCUGAUGAUUCAAAUUUUUCUCUGAAAAUUCUGAAAUCCUGAAUUUUCCUACAAACCCUAAAAUUCCUUCUAAUUUUUUCCAGCAUGAUUCGUCGUAGUCGAAUCCAACAGAGACCGAAUAUUUCGAAAGCGGCAAAAUCUGCGGCUCCUCCAGCCCAAAAUCCAGUUCCAGCCGCACCAUCAGAAGCCACGCCAGAAGAACCAACUCCAGAAAUCGCCCAGCUUGAAGUUGAAGUCCCUGAAGAUCCAACUCCACCUCAAACUCAAGUUUUUCUGGCUCCGAAGGAUCCAGUUUCAUCUCCAAUUCUUACCUCACCAAAAGAAGUUCAUCAUGUGCAUUUUGUGACGCCAGUAAAUGCAGAAUCGGAUGAGAUUACGAUUAUUGAUGAAGAUGAGGAGGAAAAUCAUCGAAAUCAACAACAAAGAUCGCGUAGUCGAAAUGUUUCGUUGUGUGAAGAUGAGGCGAUUUUGCAGGCGAAAAUGUGAGUGGAUUUGAAGGGGAAAAUGGGUCUGGGUUUCAAAAUUAGUGGAAAGCCCUGAAAAAUAUGGUUUACCAAAAAAACCGUGCCAGGAUUGCAGGGGCGGAGCUUAAAUAUAGAAUCUAUAAUUUUUUUCUAAAAUUUCCUUAAUUAUUUUUUUGUGUCUUGCAAAAGUUUGUGUGAAAAAUGGGCGGAGCUUUGAAUUUCAGGUUUCCACCCCGAAUUCUAUAAAUCCCAAUUUUGUCAUUAAUUUUAAUCCCCCGGCAAAAAUAGGUUUCAAAAUUAGUGUUUUUGCCGAAUAAAAAAUUAGGAAUCGAUAAAGCGUUUUUCAAUAUGAACUGUUUUGCAGACAUCCAAUUGAGAAAAAACGAUUCACCGGAAAAGAGGAACUCGACACGAAAUCGUGGAAAAUCUCGGAUUUGGCAAGAUGGAAUCCGAGACAUGAGAAGGCGGUUUUUAAGUGGGUUUUUUUGAGAAUUUUAAAGCUAAAAAUCGUGAAUUUAGAUGAAAUUUAGUGGUUUUCAGCCUGAAAAUCAAUAAAUUUCAGCCAAAAACCUUACCAUUUUCCAGAAGAGAACGUCGAUCAUCAACAAGUUCCACAAUAAUCACAAAAUCCGAACUAAAUCCCGAUUCUCAACCUUCUACACCAGCCAUAAAUGCACCGCAAGUUAAAAUUGGAGCCGAUGGAAAAUUGGUGAUUGAUGAAACGAGCUUGGUUGUUUCAACAAUGAAUAAUGAUUCGGUUUGGGAAACUGUGGAAGAGGGAAGAAAUGCGAGCAAAAUCAAUUCGAUGUCGUUUAGAAAUCGCAUUUUUCGAAAAUCGACGCCUUGGGUGGAAAAAGAGACCGAAUUGUUUUAUGGUGAGGAGAUUUUUGGAAAAAAUUUGAAUUUUAAACUUGGAAAGUUCGAUUUUAUGAAGUGAAAAUGUUUUAAUUAUCUUAUGAAAAAGUUCCAAAAUUAAUCUUUUUCCGAAUAAUUUUUUUCUGAAAUUUUCAUAAUUUUCGUAGGGAUUCCAGAAGUUAAUUUUAUCAGCUGAAACCAUCUGAAAUUUUAUGAAAAAAUAUUUACGAGAAUUCCGGAGAUUUUUAUUAGAUUCUUUUCAAAUUUAAGUCAAAAUGUCAUGAUUUUUUGAGUUCAAAUUUUUUCCCUAAAGGAAAGAUUUAGAGCAUUGCUCAUAUUAUAUUAAUUUUUUUUUUGAAAAUUCAAGUUUUUCAAAAAAUUGAAAUCAUUGCUCAUUUUAGCCACUUUCAGACGAAUUUCGAUCGAAAAUUGAAAAUAUCAAUUAAAAAUGUAAAUUUGUUUCAACAAUUCGAGAAUUCCUACAUUUCUUGAUCUGAAAUCUUGUGCAUCUUGACAAUUUUAAAUUCCUGUUUUUUCAGCCGUUCUUCGUUGCACUGGCACAGAUUUCGGUCUGAUGCAUCAUUAUUUGCCCCAAAGAACUCGUCAGGAACUCAAAGCAAAAUAUAAUCGAGAAGAAAAAAAUAAUUGGCACAGAAUUGUCGAAAAUGGCAAACAAACAUCAACUUUGGAUGAUAGUUUGCCAGAAAAAGUGCAACAAGUUUUGAAAGAAAUUCAAGAAGAAGAACAGGAAAAAAAGGAUAAAAAAGAGUUUGAAAAAGAAGAAGAACGGCGAAUUCGACAAGAAGCCAAAGAAUUGAAACAGCAAGAAAAAACAUUGGAAAUUCAGAAAAGAUUAGAAGUUCGACAAUUGUUGAUGGAUGCAAAGGCGAAAGUUCGAGAAGCUAGAGAAGCUGAAAAAGAAAAGAAAAUGGAGAAAAUGAAAGGAAUUGAAGAUGCGAGAAAAGCGAGAGAUGAAGCUAAGCAAAAGCUGAAAGAAGCCAAACAAAUUGUGGCGAAAAAAUGA